UUAGAAGAUCGGCCUCUUCAAGUUCCCCCAGAUACAGCUGCCACGGUCGACGAGUUUCUGAAUCCGAUCGACGAUCAUCGGAGCCGGCAGUUUGAGUCAUUAGUCUUCCAGCUGCGAUUGUUAUGGCGACGAAGGAGCGCAUGGCAGUCGCUGUUAAGUCUCUUAUUAUCUUGUUUUGGGCUAGGGCUUGGUCCUUUGACUUCCGGCCGGCAGCGGCCCAUCAGCUCACAGCCGAUGGCACCGUGAUCGAGCUCAACGAUUCCAACUUUGACUCAGCUCUGUCAUCCUUCGACCACAUUCUCGUCGAUUUCUACGCCCCCUGGUGCGGCCACUGCAAGAGACUCUCCCCCGUGCUAGAUGCGGUUGCUCCAGUUCUUGCCAAUCUGAAUCAACCGAUUGUGAUUGCUAAAAUUGACGCUGACAAGUAUAGGAAGCUUGCUUCGAAGCAUGAAAUUGAUGGCUUUCCAACACUAAAGCUCUUUGUGCACGGUAUUCCCAUUGAAUACACUGGUCCACGGAAACCUGAGCUACUUAUAAGAUUUCUGAAAAAGUAUGUUGCACCUGAUGUUUCUGUUCUCAAGUCAGAUUCUGCUGUGUAUAACUUUGUUGAUGAAGCUGGCAAACAUUUCCCUAUAUUUAUUGGCUUUGGAUUGGAUGAAUCCUUAAUUGCUGAGUAUGGAAAAAGAUACAAGCAAAAGGCUUGGUUUGCUGUUGCUGAUGAUGUCUCAGAGGAAGUUAUGGUAGCCUACGAUUUUGACAAAAUUCCUGCUUUGGUUGCCAUUCAUCCCAGUUAUAACGAACAAAGUGUGUUCUAUGGACCUUUUGAAGGAGAUUUUUUGGAGGAUUUUAUUCGUCAAAAUCAAUUGCCACUUGUUGUUCCCAUCAAAUCUGAAACACUUAAGCUGUUGAACAAUGAUGAGAGGAAAGUUGUUCUAACAAUUGUGGAUGAUGAACUGAAUGAAAAAUCUCUGAAAUUAAUUAAGAUCUUGAGGUCUGCUGCGACGGCUAAUCGUGAUUUGGUAUUUGCUUAUGUUGGGGUUAAGCAGUGGGAAGACUUCGUUGAUACAUUCGAUGUUAAAAAGAACACAAAGUUACCGAAGGUGCUUGUUUGGGAUAGAAAUGAUGAAUAUCAACUUGUUGAAGGUUCUGAGAGCCUUGAUGAUUUUGAGGAUCAAAGGUCUCAGCUUAGUCUGUUUCUUGAAGGAUUCAGAGAGGGGAGAACAAUUAAAAAGGGUAUCAGUGGCCCUUCUUUUAUAGGCUUCAUCAACUCUCUUGUGGGUAUGAAAACUGUGUACCUGAUUGUAUUUUUGGUAGCUUUUCUUAUGGUUAUCCAGAAAUUGGCAAAACAAGGAGAUGAAGUUCGUUACAGAAGAGAAACUCAAUCAGAAGCUCAAGAUGUGAAGGCCCCCUCGAAGAGCACAGAGCAGCGAGACUAUCAGCCUUCUGACAAGGAAGACUGAGUUAAGAUCCAAAUUUUUUACCAAGUUAUUGAGGUUCUAUUUCUUAACUGAAUCAUCUGUGUUUGAUCAUUCAAGUGUUUACAGCUUUUACCAUCCAGUUCUCUUUAAAGAAGCUCACUUCUAGAAAUAUUGAUAGGAUACUGUAACAUGCCCACAAUAUCAAGAACUUUGUAGAACAACAGUAUAUUUUAGGUGAACAAACUUCACCUUCAUGUAAACUUGCAGAAAUUUCUCCCUAUGUUCAGAUCCUGACGGCCUGAUAUUUCUAAUAACUAGAGCAUGUUUGUUCUGAUAA